AUGGCGGGAAAAAUGGUGCUGUACAAGUUGGUGGUCCUGGGCGACGGCGGCGUGGGGAAGACCGCUUUGACGAUUCAGCUCUGCCUGCAACACUUCGUGGAAACAUACGACCCCACGAUUGAGGACUCAUACCGCAAGCAAGUCGUCAUCGAUGGCCAAGCAUGCAUGCUCGAGGUCCUCGAUACUGCUGGCCAAGAAGAGUACACAGCCCUUCGAGAUCAAUGGAUCCGAGACGGCGAAGGCUUCGUCCUCGUCUAUAGCAUCUCAUCACGAUCGUCAUUCUCACGGAUCAAGCGGUUUCACCAUCAGAUCCAACGAGUCAAGGAAUCCUGUGCAUCAUCGCCCUCAUACCCCGGCUCGCCCAUCUCCGCAGCCAGUCCUCAGGCGCCCGUACCCAUCAUGCUGGUUGGCAACAAGAGCGACAGAGUCACCGAGAGGGAGGUAUCGACACAAGAGGGCCACGCCCUGGCCCGCGAGCUCGGUUGCGAAUUCGUCGAGGCUUCGGCCAAGAACUGCAUAAACGUCGAGAAGGCCUUCUACGACGUCGUCAGAAUACUUCGCAGACAGCGACAGGCAGCCUCGCGGCCCCAACCCGGCGGACGCAGCAGCACCCGACCGAUCAACGGCGACGCGGCGAGAUACGAUGACAAGGAGGGCGGCGACCGCUAUCGCCGCAAAGUGAGGGGAAGGGAAGGCAAGAGCAAAUGCGUCGUCUUGUGA